CGAAUGGUGCUACGGCCGCCACAUCUCCGACUCAGUGAGGCCACCUGCCGCAGCCCUUGGCGACGAUGCGGACUAAAGCCUCUCGCCUACCUUUUUAUUAUACUGCCCAAUAUAUACACGGCUCAUCUACAUCUACCUUUUUUGGUCUUUAUAUACGCUUGCUUUCAUCGGGCAUGCCAUCUUUCUUUUGAACUAAGCACAACCAUCUGCUUAUACCAUUUAUUUCCUUGUGUUUGUUGUGUCCCUGGACGACACAAAAAGAAGCAUUUACAGGCGUUUUUUUUCUUUAGGGAAGGGGAUACGGAUGGAAUCCACGCGAUGUGAGAAUUCCGGUUGUGGAAUAUCUUGGGGUUAUCUGUGGUCUUUUUGUUUUUUUACCUUGCUCCUUAACCUCUCUCAUAUUCUUUCCCUCUAAAGAUUUCCUUUAUUUGUCUAUCUCGACUUCCUGUAUCCGUCUCUUCCCUUUUUUUGUGUCUGUGAUUUGGACUAGUUAAAUGGGGGUCCCCCUUUUUCCGUCCUGCUUGUCAUAUCCUGGGGAAAUAUCCUGCAUUGGCACAGCUUUCAGCCGCAUGCAUAGAACCUGCGCAGUCUGUUCUCAUCUUAUCUGUCUGCUCUGCCUGCUUGCCUGUCUGUUAAACCUUUUUGUGUUUUUCGACUCUUCUCUUAGCAGCGUUAUCUUCCUUUGUUUUCUUCGCUAUAUUUUUGCGUACUCUCAUUUUGUAGCCCUCUCGGCGAAACUGGUAUACGGCCAGCGCUGAUUGCAAAAAAAUUGAAGAAAAGACACAUUCUU